GAUUGUGCGUCGUUCCUUCUCCUUCAGUGUUAUUUCCCUAUCCGUCUCGGUUCAAUUUUCUCGAGUCUUCGGUUGGCCGUUCAACUCUAAACUUGCCGCUUUGCGAGGAUUCCAAUUGGAAUAUGGGUAUGGUGAUUAUGGUGACGGGUGACGGGACGCGGCUGGCAUCGGCCGGACAGACCUCCCCACUCGUUUCAUCCCUCGCUCGCCGCCCUGCCGACAGGCCGAGCCGAUGGCGACAGAGCUGGAGCCUCGGGCGGAAUUGGUUUAACUUGCCGAGAGUGGCUGGACAACAGGACGAGUUUGCCUUCCUUGCGCACCCCGAGACAGAAAGUCGAAAGCCGUGUGCCAUUACGACCUGCAUCAGCUUACAAGACAAUACCUAUUGAUCAGACCAAAGUCAAUUGCCUGUACAUACAUGCGCGGUAGUCAACUGCAAUGCCCGCCCGUCUCCCGUCCGUCCGCACGGGCGUGAGACUCUCCGGCAGCGCGUUCCGGCGCGCACCUUCUGCGUCUGCAUACGCAUCUGCAUCAUCCCAACUCUGCCUGCACCGCCGGCCAUACUCGGCCGCCGCCAGCAGCUCACAAGCUCCCGAGUCUGAGGUACAACCUCCACCGCCCCCGCCGCGAUGGAUCAGCGACCUACCGGCGCGCAUCGGCAAGUGCCUCGCCUUUGGUUGCAACGCCCGGCAGGUCUCGCAGGCGGCGGGCGUUCUGCGCACGAUAGCGACCGAGUGGAAGGAGCUGCUGGCCGCGAGCGAGGGGUUCCUCACAGGCGGACGUCGCGGGCUGGAAUCGAGGGAGAUCGCCUGGGGCGAGAUGGACAGCUUUGCACACGUCAAUAACGUCAACUAUUACCGCUACGCCGAGUCGGCGCGGGUGAAUUGGAUCACCAACUUUGCCGUGCAUGUUGAUCCGAAGCAUCGCAAGCAGUGGCGCGAGCUCAUGUCUCCCAUUUCCACGGGGCUGAUCAUGCGUAGCUUGAAGGCCGAUUUCAAGUUUCCCAUGGUCUACCCGGACAAGAUCUCAGUUUACCACAAGUUACGGAAAAGGCCGGAGUCAGACCCCGCCCCAAGUUCCUUCUACCUUGACUGCGUCGUCCUCUCACACCGGCACAGGCGGAUCUCUUGCCGUUUGGAGGAGGAUAUUGUCAUCUACGAUUACAGAAAGGGUGGCAAGACGAGCAUGCCUCAAUUCAUGUUAGACAUGUUUGAGGAGACGUGGAAGCUGCAAGAGGAGGCCAAGGCGCAGGCUCGGCUGCGGAUAUCAAGGCUUCACGAGGAGGUUGAGCAGCUAGAGCGCGAGACAUGGAACAGGCCGGAUGCCGUCGAGGACAUGGGCAGCGCCGUAGGAGGGAGCAAGUGACGGGCUCCACAACACCUGGGUUCCUGUGCGGAUAGAUGGGGUGUACCGAUACAGUAAAGCGAGCCUUUUCAUCCUCGUGUUCUCUUUCGAGUCCGAGUUGGCUAGAAAAAGGCAUCUUUCUGUAGUUAAUCCUGUGGCCCCUCUAAUGACUACAUCCAACGAUAUACCGGAAAGAGCUCCCGAAGUUUGCGCCGGCUUAGCUGGCCCGGGGCG